AUGCAUAAACUGACUGCUUACGGCGUAUUGGCGUCCUUUCUUAUUGAUAAUGUUCAAGCUGUCCCAGUUACGUCUGGUACGCCUAUUGUGUCUAUCGUGCCGGCUCGCGGGCUUGAUAAUUGGCAGAACACUCUAUCCAGUGACACUCGUCGCCGGCUUGACGUAGGUCUGCAGCAUCUAGACGACGAGAGUUAUCCGGGCCAAGAUUUCCGAAAUGAUACUAUAAUGCGCAUUAAUAUUGAGCGAGAGGCCCUAGACCUCUCACUUAUUGAUCUUUUGCAGGCUUUUGGAAUGACGCUCCCAGCUCCUCGUGACACCGUAAGUAAGAUGGUUGUCAACAAACGAGGCAACGCCGAGGACUUCCGCGAAGAGGUCUACACUCGUGCUGGAACUAUGGCCUAUCCUAAAGUAGUUGAAGGACGCAGCAUCGACGUAUAUAGCAGUCUAUUAAUCCGCGAUAACCUUGCCCUAGGAGCUAUUGAAAGGAUUAACAUUGCCCAUCGAAUCCUUGGCAAGCCUGAACUCACUAUAGAACAAGCUAAAGAAAUUGGAUCGCACGGCGAUGAGUACUUGACGGGUUACUGGAAUUCCUCCAUGAAGCACGGAGACUUCUGGACUAGUGACCAAGCUAUUGGCAAGCCAAAUUUUAUUAAAGGUGGCCAGUCUAACAGAUUCGGUUUUACGCAGAGUACAUUCCACAAACUUUAUUGUCUCGCGAACCUCCGAAUGAUUCUCGCUUGGCACAUUACUGGUAGCGGCAACAAGAUGACGCGCGACCUGAAUGCGCACACUAUUCACUGCUUGGAAUAUAUUCGAUGGCGUGAGCUAGCACACCCUGAUUUGAAUGAGGAGCCUAUUGACACAGUGGAUUACGAGGGCAUGGGGAUCCAUUAG